GGACAAAUACAUCAGUGCAUCUGAGAUUACAACACAGACCACUACAUACAACAUGUUCAAGCUGGUGGUGUUGUCUUGCAUCGUGGCCGCGGCCUCAGCCGGCGUGCUGGCACCCUUCGCGCCCCUGGCCUACACCGCGCCCAUCGCCUACAGCGCGCCCAUCCUGGCGCCCUACGGCAACUACAGGGGGCCGCUGUCCCUCGCUCCCGGCCAGCCCGCCAACAUCCUCGCCGCCGACGGCAGGCCGCUGGACACCCUGGACGUGAACUUGGACCGCUCUGCUCACCUCACCGCCAAGGCGCUCGAGGGUGGCGUGCACCUGCUCAAGAAACGCUCGGCUCCCCUGAUCGCGCCCACCGCGCCCAUCGCCUACAGCGCGCCCAUCCUGGCGCCCUACGGCAACUACAGGGGGCCGCUGUCCCUCGCUCCCGGCCAGCCCGCCAACAUCCUCGCCGCCGACGGCAGGCCGCUGGACACCCUGGACGUGAACUUGGACCGCUCUGCUCACCUCACCGCCAAGGCGCUUGAGGGUGGCGUGCACCUGCUCAAGAAACGCUCGGCUCCCCUGAUCGCGCCCAUCAGCCGCGUGGCUGUGGCUGCUCCCCUGAUCCACAGCGCGCCGCUCGCCUACUCCGCGCCUCUCAUCAGCUCGCGCCUGGCUGUCUCUCCCCUCGCCUACUCUGGCGCACACAUCGCUUACGCUGGCUGGUAGAUCUUUAUAAAACUGGACCGAUUAAAAUAAAACUACUCAUCGAAACUA